GUACUUCUUGUUUUUGUUUAUGUAUUAACAAAUAAUCGUAAUUUCUACGAUUUUAUACGUUGAUUUAAUUUUUUUCUCAUUUAUAAUUUUGUAAUCAGUGCUGUAGCUAUGUUUUCCUAACGUAAAUCUGCACGAAGAAGUAUCAAAAACAAAACAUGGCUUCCUUUUCUGUCCUCCCUUUCGAAAUCAUUGAAAAUAUUUUGAACUCAGAAUGUAUUUCGGGUGAGGACAUUUGUAGAAUUUCAUGUGUUUCUCAAGCUUUCAACAUUGUCUCUAAAAGCAACAAAUUGUGGGAAAAGAAAUAUGAACAAAGAUGGCCAGACCUCUUUCCACUCUUCCCUUCCGACACAGACUGGAGAAAUGAAUAUCGAUUGCGCUUUCAUCAUAAAGUAUCUGUGGCUCAAAAGUUGGAUAUACUGUCUGAGGAAUACUAUCACCAAGAUAACGUAUCAAAUGAUGCAUUUUUCCAAAUCCAUGCAGUCUGUGAGGAUCACCCAUUUGCAUACAACAUUUUAAUUGAUGAGCUUGAGUGUAUUAUUAAUGAUCCUAAUAGUCACUUGAAUUUAACUCAGAAGUACUAUGCUAAAAGAGCAUUGCGUUUUAUAAGACAUAAGCAGUUAGAAGUCCUAUGGAGAAAGUUUUUAGCACAGCCUGUUGAAAAUAUAUCCUUGAUCGAAGGAGCUUGCAUGAUUUCACAAUGGUGUCAGCCUACUAGUAUUCACUGUACAAAAGAUGUCAUACCUCAGCUAAAUGAUAUAGUAGAUCUAGUUUUUGCAAAAGUAAAGGCAAUAUCUCCGAGGCAUCCUGUUGUUGCUCGAGGAUUGUUGCUGCCCUCUGAAAAUAUUUCGAGUUCGUUGUGGGCGUCAUCAGAAUGCAAAAUCAUUUUGAGUUGCAUAAAUACUGUGAUUUUUGAAGAACUGAAAUAUUUUGGCAACAGAGAAGAUUUUUACUGUGCUGAAAACACAUUUAUUGAUAAGGUGUUACAGAAAAAAACGGGAAUUCCAAUCACUCUUUCAAUUGUUUACCAUUAUAUUGCUGCUAGACUUGGUGUUGCAUGUCUUCCUGUCAGCUUUCCUGGACAGUUUUUACUCAAGUGGUUGGAACAUACUGGGCGUACUGACAAUGAAGCAUACACAUUUAUUGAUGUGUUUGAAAAAGGAGCUUUGAAAAGUUUAAAGGAUUUAGAUGAUUUAGUUCCAGGCUAUGAUAAUUUUAACUCAUCCUGGUACGAAGCUGUUCCCCCUGUAAAAGUUUUUAUCCGCAUGUGCUGGAAUUUAGUUGAAGUUGGUCGCCAAAUGGACGGCAUUGGUGCAAUAGUCGUAUGUUUAUGCAAUGCCUUAGAGCUUUUGUCAAUCAUAAAUCCUGAUGACAUGGAACACAAGCUGCUUUUGGCGAGAGUAUAUAUGCAUCUCAGCAUCAACACAUCUGAUGUGAUAUCAUUGCUGCAAGAAAUAUCAGCUCAAGAUCCUAUGGCUGUAGGAAUCGUUGGUUAUAUGUAUCAAUCUGCCCUUUGCUCACUGGAGAAUCAGAAAACAAAACAAAGCGUUAAAAUAAAGGUACAGUAUAGAGGUGGAUAUAAUAAAGAAGUUAAAUAUGCUGUUGGAAUGAUAAUGAAGCAUAAAAAGUAUGGCUACCGAUGUGUGAUAUAUGGCUGGGAUAAUGUGUGUACUGCAAGCAAAGACUGGAUCAGACAAAUGGGUGUGAGCAAUCUGUCCAACAAAGAGAAGCAACCAUUUUAUCAUGUUUUGGUGAAUGAUGGAACAAACAGAUAUGCAGCACAGGAAAAUUUGAAAAUCGAUGACAGUGAGUUGCCAGUUCAACAUAUUGAAGUUGGGAGGUUUUUUGAAUCAUACCAUGGGAACCACUAUCUGGCGAAUAAGCAAAAGAUGAUUGAAUAUCCUCAAGAUUUUAAAGUUUUAAAAGAAUUGCUUAAUAUAACGGAGACCAUGGAGUGUAAAUAAUUUUGCUUUUACUCUCUCCCCAUCCUUCCCUUUUUUCUUUUAAAAAGGUUGUUGAUUUUUUUACAGUGUUGUAAACAUUAUAACUUUGUAUGUUAUUGAUGGAUGUACAAAUAUUUAAAAAAUAAAUAUUCUCUCUUGU